GGGCGUAGGCAGGACAUCGAGGGGUGUCUUUCCUCUACGAGGGUUGUAGGCACCGAGAGUGAGGGAGGUAGGGUGGAAGCAUGGAACGGGUGCCAGAGGUUAAGUAGGGGCACUAGAGGUGGAGCAAGUAGCGUCAUGGGUGCUGUCGGUGCAGACGCUGGUGCAGACAAUGUGAGCUUAACCACAAAAUUUACUUCUGCUUAUGUUUUAAUGGCUACUAUUCAUUGA